AUGCGUUGUCGUCUUCGUCGUCGUCUGGCUCUUCCGUCUUGGUCUUCGUCGCUGAUCGUCAUCCACGGAAUGCCGUCACACGUGGGCUUGUGCAACGGGAGUCGACUGCAAGGCGCGUUUCGUAGCUUCCUGUCCCGUCGAACAAGCUCAGCUGAGCUUCGGUUGCGGUGUCGCCCGUUCGCUGUUCUGGGCCUUGGACGAGCCCGACCCGUUUUGGCUGGGAUUGAAUCGUAA